AUGAUUGAAAUGGAAAUGCGAAUGGAAAUGCAAACACAUUUAAUUUUUGCGCUCUUCUCUGCAUCGCGCACUCUUCUCCACUUACGCGAUUGCGUGCAUCGCAUCGCGCUCUCUUCUCGCAUCACAGCGCGCUCGCGUCUCGCUACUUCUCGCUGCGGCCCGUCAACCUACAUCACGCACAGUCACUGCCAUUUAGCACCACGCACGCAGCACACUUUUGGCGCUCGCGGUGCAGGGGAACCCGGGGCGAGGUGGCUUCUGACUCGACUCAAUAAUCGCCUCUGCCGCUGUGCAGGGGAAGCCAGGACGGUGCGGAAAUCUAUCCGCGAUCACGUGGGCGGUACGAUAGGCGUGUGGGCAGCACGAGGGAGAGGCGUGUGGGCGGUAGGGGAGGCGUGUGGGCGGAAGGAGAGGCGUGUGGGCGGCAUGAGGCGGCGGCCGGGGGUGGCAGGGCUGCAGACGGCAGCAGCAGUGAGGGGGCAGUACCGGUCGCUGGGGGAGGAUGUGGCGAAGCAGCGCCAGGAGUCGCUGCGGCAACAGCUUGAAACAUUCCGCGGCUUCCUCACGGAGUUUGCUCAGAAGCACAAGAACGACAUUCGCAGCAACCCAGCAUUCAGGGCGCAGUUCCACGCCAUGUGUGCGCAGUGCGGGGUGGACCCCCUGGCGUCCAACAAGGGCUUCUGGAACGAGCUGCUGGGCUUCGGUGACUUCUACUACGAGCUUGGAGUGCAGCUGAUAGAGACGUGUAUGGCAACCAGGGCGGACAAUGGCGGGCUGAUCAACCUGGAGGAGCUAAGGCGACUGGUGGCAGGCAAGCGACGCAUGCCUCUGGAUGCGCUCUCACAUGACGACUGCAUGCGCGCCCUCGCCACCAUCAAGUCCCUAGGAGGAGGGUUCGCUGUGGAGAAGGUGGGGGCGGCACACGUGGUGCGCUCGCUGCCUCGCGAGCUCAGCACCGACCAGAACGACAUCCUCCGCCUGGCACAGGCGCGUGGGUGUGUGACCAUCGCUGACAUUCUCUCAGCCACAUCAUGGCAGCACGGCCGGAUCAACGAUGCCCUUGACGCCCUGCUCAAGGAGGGCAUAGCCAUGGUGGACGAUGGCGAUCCCGAUGGCCAGCGGCGCUACUGGUUUCCAUGCUUUGACAUCGCAGCUCCAGCAUCUCGUGGCAAUACCAUCGUCGCAAGAGCUGCUAUCGUGCAAUCGGGAUUGGCGAGCGCGCAUCAUCACCGACAUUUUGGUUUCACUUUCUCGCUGGCGACGAAAUCACAAGGCGGUGAUAAGGAGGCAACCCCUAACGACCAAUUGCUGGAGAGAUUCGAGUCGUUUUCGCCGUCAACUCACUUUUCUUCCGUCGCCCCGACCCCCCUCGUCAAAAAGAUGUGCCGACGGGCGACCGUGCGGAAGCGUCGAAGAAACUUUCAGCGUCAUGCGGGGAAAACGCCAGCCUGUGCGACUCUGGCCAGGGAUGAUGGAAAGGGGAGGGGAGGAGUGACUCCCGUCCGUGGGGGAGACGGGUUUAUGGCUCACGGGGAGGUGUUGCUGACAAUGACAAGUCAUCAUAGCGGGUUCGUAUCCCGGUCCUCAGGCUACCAUCCAGCGUCCAUUCUCGAGCACGAGUUCGACUUCUCGGGCGCCAUAGGCCAGGGGCAGUUCGGCACGGUGUGGCGCUGCUCGUCGCGCUCGACGAGCCAGCCUUUCGCGUGCAAGCAGAUCAGCAAGUCGCAGUUCUCGUCGCACGGCGACCACAUGCGACAGGUGUCGCGCGAAAUCGAGGCGAUGCAGAGGUUACAGGGCCACGCGAACGUCGUCGAUCUGCACAGCGUCUACGAGAACGACGCCUUUAUCUUCCUCCUCAUGGAACUCUGUCCCGACGGUGACCUCUUUAAACUCGUCUCUGAACAAAACGGGCUGCCGGAGACCGAGGCGCGCUACGUCUUUAAGAGGGUCGCUCUCGCCGUGCAGCACUGUCACCGAAACGGGAUCGUCCAUCGCGACAUUAAACCCGAAAACAUCCUCCUCCGCGACCCGUCCCCCCCUUCAUCCACCGCCCACCCAUCCCUGGACGGGCCAAUUUGUCCUAUUCCGCACGCUCACGACGCCGACUCUUCCGCGGCGCUCGCCUGUGGCUGCGCGCCGAGCCGCGAGUGGGAAGUGAAGCUCGCCGAUUUCGGCCUUUCGAGGCGUCUCGACGAGGGGUCCCGCCUGCGAGGCCCCGUUGGAAGUUACCCAUACGAGGCUCCCGAGGUGGUUGCAUCUGAACCGUACGAUUGGUCUGCUGACGUGUGGAGCCUCGGGGUGUUGCUGUACACCAUGCUUGCUGCCAGCUGGCCGGAAUUUAAGGACGGACGGCGCGCGCUGAAUGAAGAUGUUGAUUGGUCGAGCCCGAGUUGGCGAUUGGUCAGCGACGCGGCGAAGAACCUGAUCCGUCGCAUGAUGACCGUGAAGCCCUGCGAACGACCCACGAUCGACGAGGUCCUGUGCGACGCGUGGCUGAGCGACGAGUCGUGUGUGAACGUGUUUUGUCCCGCGGCGUGCAACGGUCUGCUUGAGCGAAUCGCACAGAAUGUAUGCGACGACGGGAAGGACGUCGCAGAGGAGUGCUUGAUGAAAGCCAUGACGGCUCGCUCAAGCCCGUCGCUGUCCACGUGGCUUUCUUCCGGUCUGACGACAGCGCCGUCACUGUCAUUAUCUCUAUCCUCCUCCUCCGCUUCUUCUGGCAAGCAG